AUGGAAACUCAAGAUACAUUGACAAUGAUUGAUUUAACAUCAAGUGUACCAAGUUUAUCAUUAUCGAAUGUAAUUCAACAACAAAAUGAAGUUAUUGAAUCUGAAAAUAAAAAUGUAAAUACCGAAUUAUUGACAUUAUCAACUCAAACCGUUAUAUCAUUUGUAUAUUGUAAUAGACAAGCAUCAUUAUUUAAUUUGUUAACUCAAAUGUUAACAACCAAUACAUUCUCACCAAUUAAUCCAUCUGUUGAAAUUCCAUUUCAACCAUCUCCAUAUCCAUCAACAAUUCAUAACAAUUCGUCAACAUCAAUUAAUCAAUCAUCAUCACCAUCAUCAUCAUCAAGUACAACACCAUCCUCUUCGACUCAAUCUUCACCAAUUUUACAAGGAAAUAAUAAUAAUAUUACUGGUAAACCAUCUUUAAUGUUUAAUAUUUUGGAUAAAGCAAUUAAUGCAAUUUCACACCAAUAUAAAAAGAAUUUUUAUAUUCAUAUACUUGAAAAACCAAUUUCUUCUCCAAAUUUAAUUUCAACCAAUCCUAAUAAUAAUAGCAAUAAUAAUAAUAAUAAUAAUAAUAAUACUGCAGAAGAUCAUGAUAAAUUAGUUGCAGGUUGUUUAUCAUUUAUAAAUCAUAUGUUAAGUUCUGCUCCAUCCUAUUUUGAUUUUGAAAGAUAUAGACAGGUUUUAAGUUCUCAAGGUGUAAAUGAAGUUAUAAAGACAUUUGUAAAAAGUGUUAAUCCAAAUGUUAGAUUAGAAUUAUUACAUUAUCAAAAACAUAAAAUUAAUGGUAUAAAAGCAUCAAAACAAACAUCAAUAUUUUUAGAUAGACAAAAUGUUUUAUCGUUUUUAAAUAGAUUAUGUAAAAUGUCAUUUCCAAAUAAUGGUGGUGAUUCACCAACUACAAAUGAAGAGAAAAUGAAAUUACUUGGUUUUGAAACUGAUGAUUUACAUUUAGAAUUACAAUCAACUGGUUUAUUAGGUAUUAGAAAUAUGAUUUAUUUUUGUGCACGUUAUUUUAGAAUUUAUGAUGAAAUUUUAAAAGCUCAAAUUAAAAAAUUUAAAGAAAUUAAUAUAAAUAAUAAUAAUAAUAGUAAUAAUAAUGAUGAAAAUAAUAAUAAUAAUAAUAAUAAUAAUAAUAAUAAUAAUAAUAAUAAUAAUAAUAAUAAUAAUAAUAAUAAUAAUAGUGACAAUGUUGAAAAUAAUAAUAAUAAUAAUGUUGAAAAUGAAGAUGAUUCAUAUUAUUCAUUUUCAAGAGUUGGUUUUACAUUAACAAAUUUAAUUUUUGAAUUGUAUAUAGAAGAUGAAAAUUUAUAUGAAAUUAUAUUUGAUCAAGAUGAUUGGUUUGAAGAGUUAUUUUGUAUUUCAUUUGAAUUAUUUGAUGAAAUUUGGGAAAGAGAAGGAACAUGUCAAGAGGAUUAUAUACCAGUUUUACAUAAAACUCGUGCAGUUUUAUCAAGAAUAAAAUGGACAAAUCCAUCAUCAAUUGCAUCUUUUCAAAAGACAUUAGGUUGUGUAUUGGAUGAGAUGUGGAGUAAAACAAAUGAUUUAAAAGAAGAAAAAGAAAUGAAUGCUCGUGCUGGUGGUUUAAGUGAUAGUAUUAUGGGUGUACCACAUGGUAAUGCUAAUGGUGGUAGUGGUGCUAGUGGUAAUUUAAGAUUUAAAAAGUUUUUUAAUGAAAAGUUUAAACAGUAUAGAAAAUCAACAGAUUCUAUAAAUUCAGAUGGUAGUGAAGCUAUUUUCCAACCACCACCACAAUCGCCACAAUCACAACAACAAUCACAACAACAAACACAACAAACACAACAACCAGCAUCACCAUUACAAACAUCAUCAUCAUCUGAUAUUCAAAAAUCACCAGUACCACAUAAAAUUAAUACAAAAUCAAUGAGUUUUAAAAAAUUAUUUUCAGAUUUAAAAUCAGCAGAAACUGAAAGAAAAAAUUCAUUAACAGGAAGUAAUGGAAUUACCGAUGGUGGAGAUAGUAAUCCAAAUAGUGGUGCUGAAGUACUUUCAUUACCAAAUACACCACGUUAUCUCGGUGGUGACAAUGAUAAUGAAGGUUCAGAAAAUGGUUCAUCAUCAUCAUUUUCAUUUGAGAAAUUAUCAAGAAAAUUAAGAUCUGGUUCAUCAUCAAUUAAAGAUAAAUCAUCAUCACCAAAAUUCAAUUCAUUAACUGGUGAAUUAACAAUGAAUAUUUCAUCAUCAUCAUCAUUAGAAGGUAAUCAACAACAACAACAACAACAAUCAACAAACUCUUCAACAACAUCACCAAAUGUAUCACCUUAUUUACAAUCAGUUACAACAACAACAACCAAUACCACUACUGCCACUACUACUACUGAUGAUCAAUCACAACAACAAGUACCACCACAAUUUAAUAUAGAUGAUGGUAAAAGAUCAUUGAAAUCAAGUGGUAAUUCAAUUUAUAAGAGUGUUAAAAAAGCAAUGUCAAAUUUAGGUGAAAAAGGUAAAGAUAUAGGUAAAAAAGUAAAGAGUAAAAAAGAAAAGAAAAAGAAAUCAAAACAACAAGUUGAACACUCAUUUGAAGAUGAUUGUAACAAUAGUGCCAAUAAUAGUAGUUAUAAUAAUAGUCCAUACAUUAUUCCAGGUGAUUUAGAAUUACCAACUAAUUUUAGACCAUCAUUGGAUUUAGAUUUUGAUAAAAAUUCAGAUUCCUCUUAUGAAGAUUCUGAAAAUGAAACAAAUACUCUUGAUGAUAUUCAAUCAAUUGAUAGUAGUAGUAAUAAUAAUAGUAAUAAUAAUAGUAAUAAUAAUAGUUCAUCAAAUUUAAAUAAUAAUAGUACUUCAAGUAUUAAUUUAAUGAAUGAUCAAUCAUUACAAUCUGUACAACAACCACAACCACAACAACAACAACAACAACAACAACAACAACAACAACCAAUUGUAGAACAACAACCACAAGCAAAUUUAGAAAAAGAACAAAAUAAUUCAUCAACUCAAGUUACACCAAUUAUUUCAUCAGCAAAAUUAGAUGUUAAUGAGAAAUUAGAAUCAAUACCAACAGUAAUAAUUGAACCAAUUGAUGAUGAUAAUAAUAAUAAUGGUAUUAAUAGAUCAAUAUCUGAUCAAAGUUUAACUGAUGCAAUGUCAUUAAAUUAUCAAAUCACACAAAAACAAAAAUCAAGAUUGUCAACUGAUGAAAAUCAAAAUCAAAAUAAUAAUAAUAAUAAAUUAAGUGAUAACUCUAGUAAUGAACAACAUCCAGUUUCACCAAGUUAUCCAAGAAGACAAAUUAAUAUUAUAAAUGGUGGUGGUGGUAGUGCAGGAAGAAAUUCAACUUUAAAUUCUGGUUCAUCUUCACUAUCAAAAAAACCAGUUUUAUCUCGUGCCCCAAUUCCAUCAGUUUUCUCCUCCUCCUCUCAUAAUCCACCUGCAAUGGUUAAAUCUCCAAGUAUUAAACAUUUGGUCACAUUCUUUGAAGUAAAAUCUUCUGAAUUAAAAGAUAACUCAAGUACCGUUAGUGGUAGUGUUAAUAAUAAUUUAAAUGUUGGAAUUCCUCAAUUAAAAAGAGAAAAAUCUUUUAAAAGUGAUUUUUAA